CUAAUUCGUUACCCGAAAUGCGGCAUCCGAUACUGUUGGGUUUAGCGUUGCUGGCCGUUCUCGCGCUUAGUGAUGGAUACAAAAUUUUGUUCUUGGCUCCAUUUCCCGGCCCUAGCCAUUGGCUCAUGAUGAAGCAUUUUAUUCGUGAACUAGCGGACCGUGGCCACGAGGUGACGUGUAUAACCGCGUUCCAGUACGGAGAACCAGCGCCACCGAACUACACCGAGGUCCUUAUCGAUCCACCCUAUCCUAUCCGCAAGACAUUUCCGGUGGAGGGCCUGUUUGCCGCUAGUCAAUCGAGUGACUUCGAGAAGCUGUCCAUGUACUGGGAUUUGGGCAUAAACACGAGCCGCCAUGGGCUCGAGACGGAACCGGUGCGUCAGUUUAUCGCCCGGCGUGAUCUCACCUUCGACCUGGUCGUCGCCGAACAGUUCUUCCAGGAGAGCUGGCUCAUGUUCGCGCACCAGUACGAUGCGCCGAUCGUCACUAUCAGCACCUACGGCUAUUCGGACUUCUUCGAUCGCAUCAUGGGCCUGCGUACACCGCUUUCCUUUGUCCCGCACAUGAUCUUCUCCUACGAGGAUGAUAUGGACCUAUUCGAGCGUGUCUACAAUCUGUUCAUUUCGCAGUAUGAUGCGUACUACCGGAAGAGCUAUUAUCUACCAGAGCAGAACCGAAUGGCGAAGGAGGUGUUCGCGGAUUGGGCCAGUGAGACGGGCCGUGCGCUACCGAAUGUAGCGGAUCUGGAAAAAUCCAUUUCGGUCAUUCUCGUCAACAGUCAUCCCGUGCUGAACCGUCCUCGGCCUACGAUUCGUGGCCUGGUGGAUAUCGGUGGAGCGCACAUCCGGCCGGUGCAGCCACUCGACCCGGAGUUGCGUACCUUUAUCGAGGGUUCGGGUGAGCAUGGCGUUAUCUACUUUUCGCUCGGUGCCUACAUGCAGAGUGCGGUUAUGCCGGCCGACAAACGGCGAGCGAUCCUGAACGUGUUUGGUUCGCUACCACAGCGUGUUAUCUGGAAGUUUGAGGAUGAAAGCCUACAGAACGAGGCACCCCCGAACGUGCUGAUCCGCAAGUGGGCCCCUCAGAACGAUAUUCUGGCACAGCCCCAAGUCCGCCUGUUCAUCUCCCACGGUGGCCAGUUUGGAUCGUUCGAGGCAAUGAAACACGGUGUGCCAACGCUAUUCAUUCCCUUCUUUGGCGAUCAGCAGCGUAACGCGGAUCGCGCGAUAAGGGCCGGAUUCGCACAGCGAAUGCAAUUUGUCGACAUCACGGAGGAAACCUUCGGGAAGCACGUGCGCGAUAUGCUCGAGAACGAUCAAUACAUGGUGCAAGCCCGGCACGUUGCCCAGCUGUUCUCCGACACGCUGGUGGAACCGAUGGAAUCGGCGAUCUACUGGAUUGAGUACGUUGCUCGGCACCGGGGUGCCCAGCAUCUCAAAUCUCGUGCAGUCCAUCUGGACUUCAUCCAGUAUCACAUGUAUGAUAUGAUCAUAUACAUUGUGCUUCUGUUAUGGAUGAUCUAUAUUCUGUAUUGGCCGGAAAUUAAGAGGGCGCUGUGGCAUUUUUUCAUUUUUGGUGUGAUUGGUGUUAUACUUUACCGAAAGUAUGUUGAACCCAUAGAAAAGCGGACUGUUUGAGAAGGUUUGUGCAAACAACUCACAGAAAAAACUGCAACGAAGGUACUGGUAAUACUCGUUAUCUAUUACAAUUUAUCACUACCUCGAUUUUCAUAUCUCAGAAGUUAGCUGUACACCGUAAUAUGUGUAUUUUUGCAUUUACGUCUCUCUCGCAUUCGAUGCUGUGGAUGUAAUUUUACAUAUUUUCCCCAAUUUACGGCAUUGAAGGAUGUAGUUGAAUUCAACAGCGAAGAAAAUAAAUACAAAAAAAACACUAAAAUGCUAUAUUUCUGACCGAAAUUAACAUAAACUCUCCCUAAAGAAACGCUUCUUUCCGCCAAAGAAAGCAACUA